CCAAAUCAAGAAUGAACGCUAUGAGGCCAUGGAUGGCCCUGGUCGCCUGGACAAGUGCCACGUCGCUCGUCUUGCCGAAACAGCCCGGAUUUACCCCAACUCCCUGCUCACUACCUGGGACAGUGUCGAGGGAGUCGUACCUGGACGUUCCGGACCACGUGUUCCAGACGCUCAUGCGAUGUCCGGUGGGCUUAGACGGUUGCUCGGGCAAGCUGGUCAGCUGCAUUCCAUCAACGCACGUGACCACCUGCUCGUGCCCACUCAACUGCAAGACCUACAGUGACUGCUGCUGGAACGUUGAGCACGACAGGGAGACGCUGGAAGCACCGGGGAUCUCCUGCGUACGAAUGACCACCGAGGAGACAGGGCACUACCCCGUCUACAUGGUCAGCAGCUGCCGCAACGCUUGGCCCGACGACGACGUCAGAGCGGCGUGCGAAGGCACCCAGUUCCUCGGCGAUCACUUCAACCUGAUUCCGGUUACGAGCAACAGUGGCGAGGUCACCUAUCGAAACGGAUUCUGCGCACUUUGCAACGACGACAUCAUCAACACCACUUUUUGGAAAUUCGCCUUAGAUGAAGAACUGGGACAAUAUUUCGUUGUACCUCCAAAAUUAACCCUUCGGCGACCAGCGCACUACCUGAGGCCUUGCGUCGACGACAGUCUAGUGGAUACGUGCUCGCUAGAGGUGCCAGAGACGGUGUCGCGAAAGUGCAAGGCGUACUACGCACCCGUCAUUAGCGACCCCGCCGGUGGCCCGACAUUCAAGAACCUCUACUGCGCCUUGUGUAACGGCAUUCACCCGUCGAACUUAUCGUGUAGCCCUACGCGAAACUUAGAUGUCGUCGAGGAGAAACCGGUUGUCCCAUUGACUCAUAAAAGUCUGGCAUCAUUAUUCAGACCCGUUACUCGCACGCCUUCGUGCCAUGCCAUGUACAACGGCCGGUGCUACAUACAACGCGCGCCCGAUUACCGAGAAAAGGACCCGGAAAUGAACAGCACCAAGAGUCAGCCACAGACGGCGCUACCGACGUCGGAGCGAUCGCCGAGUAGUAGCGGCGGUGGCGAAGCGCAGCAGUACGUCACGUUAAUCUGCGUCUCCCUCUCAAUUUUCUUCCUCGCGCUCAAGCUCGUCGUCUUCUGCGCCUACAGAGAGUCGCGAAGCUUCGCCUCCAAGUGCACCCUGUGCCUGUCCGUCACGCUCAUAAUUACCCACGUCCUGUACAUGAUCACGGCCUCACUCGGCGUUCCCACUCUAGCAUGCGCUAUCGGUGCGGCGCUGGUUCAUUACGGCUUCCUGUCCACCUUUUGCUGGACCUGCGCGUUGUCCUUCGACAUCUGCAGCAGCCUCACCAACCUCACACUGUCUUCAAACCGCGAGAGCGUUCCAGUCACCUACAGCGCUUUCUCCUGCGGCUUGCCCCUGAUCAUCGUUGCCUCGGCAGUGACUGUGGACCUUGUGCUUCCUGGAAGUGCGCUGUCGCCCCGCUACGGCCGUCUGGUCUGCUGGAUAGGCUCGUUCUGGGGCCUGGUUGUCUACUUUCUGGUGCCCGUGGCGAUCCUCCUGCUGUGCUGUUUCGCGUUUUACCUCAGAGUCGUGUUGUACGUCAGCGAAACGUCUCUGGCCCACAAGACUGUCAACGGAAUCAGGGACCGUCAGCGGGCCCACGCUGUGCUCUUCGUGCGAUUGGCGCUGGUCAUGGGCUCUCCCUGGGCAGUCUCCUUCCUGGCAACCGUCGUUGAGUCGGUCGUUCUGGACUGCGUCGUGGAUGUCUUGGUUGGCUUGGAGGGUGUUUACCUGUUCGUAGCCUUCAAAGACUACCGCUACUUCCUGUCAUCGAUACGGAAACGGGUCGGAGACACCUACUCGAGUGAUGUCUCUCGCUCGCCCCACAUUAAUGAGCGUUCCUCGGCGAAACGUAUGGGAGCGUAAACUCAGGGCAGAGAUUCUAACCCCCAGAGAAAGUACACCCGAAAGGAGCACUAAGAAAUCAUUGGCACGCUUGUAGUGUCGCAAACAAGAUGAGCGGCAACACGCGAGCAUGUGCAAAA